AUGCAAGUAGAAACUCAGGAAGAACGAGGAGAAACCGCCUCUCCAGUAGGCGAAAUACAACCAUUGAGGUGCUUGCUUCUGUGCGAAGCAGCGGCUCCUGACUUCCAUCAAGUAUGGAACUUAAUGAGAGCCAGGAGCUGGAAGCCUCGGCCCUCAGAUGCCUCUCUCCGAUGCCAUGACUUGUGGACCUGCUCACUCCUGGUUCCCGAGUGCCGUCUUUGGGACCCAGUCCAUGUGUUCCUGACCCCUGUUGUACCACAGAGGCCAUUCUAUAACCUGGACACAAUGUUUGUACGAGGAUUGAAGAGAAAAUGUUUUGAUGGUGAAGAAGAUAUUGAAGGAACUCUGGCUGGUAUUAAGGCUAUUCCUUCAUAUAAUCUUCAGCGACAGUCACUUUUAGAUAUGUCCUUGGUUAAACUCCAGCUUUGUCACAUGCUGGUUGAACCUAACCUUUGUCGUUCAGUACUUAUAGCCAACACAGUACGACAGAUUCAAGAGGAAAUGACCCAAGAUGGGACUUGGCAGAUGAUAAAUACACAGAGUACAGGGCAGACAUCCUUGGAUCGUCUUGUUUCAACGGAUAUCCUCUGCCGUUCAUCCAGGGAACAAGCUGAGGGAAAGCAGGUUCCAGGUUACAGUAAUUUCAGUAAAGACUUUGAGGAUGACCAGGCACAAGACAGUUCAGAAACUAUGUCAACAUCUUCUUCGGUGCAAGCUUCAAGAAACCUGCAAAGCAAUGUAUGGGAAAUGGAGAAUCCACAAGAAAACAGAGGAAACUUUCAAAAAUCAUUAGAUCAAAUAUUUGAGACACUGGAGAGUAAGAGUCCUAAUUCUGUUGAAGAUCUGUUUUCAGAAGUUGACAAUUCUUACUAUGAUCUUGAUACAAUGUUAACAGGAAUGAUGAGCAACACAAAAAUGGGACACUGUGAUGGGCUUGAAACAUUUUCUUCUCCAACAGCUGCACCUUCUAACUCUAAUUGUAAAUCUGAUCUUAACGAGCUUGAUCAUAUUGUGGAAAUCCUUGUUGAAUCUUGAGACUACUUGCCUAGGAGAUUAAAAAAAAUUGUUAACGGAAAUGAGACUUGAACUAUUUCAACAUAUUUUUUUCUAUCAAAUCUGCACGUGUAUUUUACAAAUACCUAUAUAUUAUAUAGAUACAUAUGAGAAAAAGCACUUCAUAUUGCAAAAUAGUGUUAACUCUUAAAGUUAACCUGCAACUUGUAGUGUAAUAAUUCCAGUUUAUUGUCCAUUGAACUGUAAGUACUCAAGGUUAAACAUCUAAGUUUGAGGUCUGAGGUUUUCAAAACUGGGUUCUUUUUGCCAAUUUGUUUUAGCCUUUGGAGGAUAUGUGCAGCAAGAGGGAUUCAUCUUUCCUUUUCAUAUCCUUCCCUCGGUUUAAAAAAUAUAUAUAUAUAAACAUAGACAUUGGGUAACUUGAUUUUCUAUUUUCCUUGGUUUCCAGGCCAACACUUUGUUACACCACAUUUCCUACUAUAUCUGCUGCUUCUGUUGUAGGUCGCUACAUGGCUCUUAAAGAGCAAUAUGCAAUAGUUCCCAUUAUCUUAGCAUGUUCUGGGUUUUGCUACUAUUUUUCCUUUAAAAAUAGUUUUAAAGUGUUUAUUGAUGUUUAGAUUUUUUCCAGGUAUUUUCCUAAAAUAUUUUUUUACUACAAAUGUUGUCAGCUGCUAACUUAGUAACUUUUGAUCAUAUCUGCAGUUGAUGUAUUUUUUGAAAGAUUUUUCAAAAAGGGAUGUUUUUUACCAUGAGCUACCCAAUGUAGUUCAGUAAAGUGUUUGUAAAUGUAAAUAUAUGAUUUUAUACUUUACAUUAAAAUGUAAGAGCUGUUUUCAUGAUUCUGUUUUAUAGAGUAGUACUUUACUAAAUUGAGAAUUGUACAAUUAUGCUUUUUAUGCCACAUAGUUGAGUGUUAUUAGAGGAAGAACUCUGAUCCAGCUAGAUACAGUUACAUUUAAUUCAGUUCAGACCGUAUUUUUUGUUAACUGCAAACGUAAAUUACAUAGGUUUUUAUUUAUGUGUAUUUAUAUGUAAAUGUCAUCAAGUGAAUUGUUUAUCACUGAAGUCUGCCAUCAAAUAUUUGUUUAUAUAGGAUAACUAUCUUGCACUAAUUACAACGAGAAGUGUUACUAGUGGCCUUUAACUCAACUCUUAUGUCUUGUCAUAAUUGGUAUGCUCCAAGGUUUUCCUCUUGCCUUUUUUUUUUUUAAUAAGAAAGAAUAAUAAGUGUGGGAUGGUGUUCCUUUCUUUAAGUAGUUGUGCAUUUGUUUUGGAGGGUGUAUAACUAAUCUUAUUCCUAAGAGACUUUUUUGGAAGGGAUGGAUCAAGUAUCAUAUAUUAUUUUGUAACAAAACGACAAGCAUUUAUCUUCACAAAUUGGUACUGGGAAGAGAUCUAAACUAGUAGGGAUAUAGAAAAGGGGGAAAAGAUUCCUAGGUUUCUGGAAUGUUUUAGCAUUGGUUAUGGAAGGGGGAGACAUCCACCAGUAACUUGAUAGCUUUUAUAGUCUUGUGUCCAGUGGGUCAGUGAAUAGGAACAGAGCACAUUUCUCUAUUAGACUCUGUAUUUGCACAAGUGACCUCACCUACUAUGUGCUAUCUCUUCUAGAUUCUCAAAUCCCUGAAAUAUUGGGGGAGCUGAGCUUAUGAUUUCAACAAGUGCUUUAGAGGCAGCUUCCAGUAAGGGAGGGGAAAAUAACAUUGUUUUGCUGAAUUUUUCUACUUGGUAGUUGAAUGCAUGCUAACUCAGUUGUGUGAAACCGUGCAGUUGGUGCAAGUCUUUAGUGAGUUUAAAAAUGGUUUUUGUAUAAAACUGAUCUUUAUUUGCUGUAGUAGUUAAACAUUAGUUCCUUAAUUAAAGCUUGAUAAUAA